UCUUGUUAUUCUCGUAUCUGUUUGUUGGUAGCUAAGCGACCUGACGAGUCACAUAAACAAGUUUAGUUUCGUGUUCGAUUGUCGUCAAUAAAAAUGCUAAGUUUAUAUAUGAUAUUGUAUUGCAAGAACUUAGAGGUGGUCUAAUGUUAUUGUGGAAUUCUUGGAGGUCGAUCACAAGUAUCAGUGAUAAUCCCUAAGCCUAAGAAAUGUCUGCUCGUGGGUCAUAUUUUGAAUUUUCUUAUCAUGUUGAAAACCUGCUGUUCAAAGGACUUGGUUCGUCAACAGUUGGAGGACUGUUCGGAUUAUGUAUUGGUGUUGCAGUUUUUACUGUCUUGUAUGAAUCAAUCAAACAAUUUCACCACUAUCUAGCAGAGAAAUGUCAAGAAAACUUACUUCUCGGUGCUAACGUGAGCCGAUGCAAUAGCCAAGAAUCCGAGACAAACAGAUCUGAUGAUAUUCCACUUGUGCAACAACAGUUAUUUGACAUUCUAACUUCCGAACGGUUGAAGUGCCAUCUAUUUCAGACUGUUCUACACACCGUACAGGUUGUGAUGGGAUACAUGAUAAUGCUCGUGAUCAUGAGCUUUAACGUCUGGCUUGGCAUGUCUGUUGUCUUUGCAUCUUGUAUCAGCUACCAUGUAUGUAGCACGUACAUCUUCAACCGACCCGUUUUGCUACCAGUUGAAGCGGUGAAUUAUACCAGUUAAGAAGUAAAACCAUGGAAUAACUUCUGUUAGAUGCUGUGUUUGUAACUGGUAAUGCAGGUAAAAUUGUUGAAACUUGUGGUAGACAGUUAUAUGGUGUUCCCAUUUGAGAAGACCAUGGAAGGAUUUUAAGAACAUAGAUUAAUUUACUCUAUGUAGUUUGGAGUGUUAUGUUGUUUGUAAAGAUGUUCUUUGAUGCCAUUCUUUGCAUAAUUUUAAAGAAACAAUUUUACAACUUUGGAGUGGAGACUGUAUUAUACAGGGUGGGACAAAGGUGGCUAUACAGUUGUUUUACUGAGAACCUAAUUUGAUUUCUAAAAUUUUUCUCCUGAAACAAACACUAAUUAAAUCAUUUUCGUUUGUCUUCAUAAUAUUUUCUUCCGAGCAGUUGCAUAGUAACUUUUGCCCCACUCUGUAUAUCUAUAAUGUAUUUAUACGUUUGAUUUCAACUUAUCAUGCUUUCAAAGCUUGUAUUGUUAUUUAAUUUUGUUUAAUUUUUUGUGUGUUUCAUUUCUAGAGAAGGCAAAAAAAAAAACGAAAUGUGUGGAGCGAAGGGUAUUUUAAAAAAAUAAAGUUUGGAGAUGGUUUGAAUGGGUAGUGAAAGACACUUUACAAGUACUUGAUGAUGAUAUAAACCUAAAUAAUAAAACUUUGAGGACAUCUGUUGAGUGGAUUAUUUUAUUUUUAUAAAAUUUAUUACAACGUUUCGACCACUCAUGUGGACAUCAUCAGGUAAAUUUAUGAUAUAGUGUUAUGUAUUAGUAAUUUACUCGAUCAUUUCUGUUCCAAUUUAUAAUAGAUAUAAAGAGACACCUAUAUUUUUUUUAAGUUAGGUUUUAAAUCGUGGAUAAUUAACGCUUCUUUAAUUUUUCUUCUAUUGAUAUUGUUUUCUUUACAUAAUAUUCUAAAGUUGUUGUUAUUGAUUGGAUGUUGAUCUGUUAUGCUGUGUUCAUAAAUGUGUGAUGGAGGAUUGUUAUGUUUAAUCCUAAUAUUUAUGUUACAUCCCGUUUCACCUACAUAAGAGCUGUUGCAUCUGUUGCAUUGAUAUAUGUAGAUGCAUCCGUCAUUGAAGUUAUCUGAAUAGGCCUUCUUUAGAUGGUCUUUGAUUUUUGUGCCCGGUUUUUGAACAAACACGACUUUAUUAUUAAUGUUGUAUUUUUUUUUAUACUUGUUUCCAAAUAUUUAUGACAGUUUUAGUUACAUAACCAUGAUAUGGUAAGAUGCCUAUUAAUGUGUCAGUGUUAGUGUAAUUUUCACCAUUCUUAGAGUUUUAUAGUGUUUUUUGUUUCUUUUUUGGUGUUGUUGAAUUUGUUUUUACAUUUAGCUAAGGUUCUAGUGAUGAUUUGUUUAGGGAAAUUACUUUUGUUUAUAAAUGUCUCGUAUAUUGUUUCUAGUUCGUGUUGUAGAUUUAUGUCACUGCAUAUAUUAAAUGCUAUGUUAUAAAUACAUGAUAAUGUGCCGAUUUUUUGUUGUGUGGAGUGGGCCGAGUCCCACUUCAUAGAGUUGCUGUCAUUACACGGCUUGUAAUAUAUUUUGGUGUUGAAACUAUUAGUGUUUCUUUCUUUUGCUAUGUUCAUGUAACUUUAAACUUGGUUUUUAUUUGUUUAUGUGUUGUAGAAAUAAUUGUUGAUGGUCGUUAUUUUUGAAGCUACAAAAUAACAUCGUUGACGUAUCUAAACCAGUAUGUGGGAGGGUUUAGAGCUGUAUUGAUGGCUAGACUUUCUAUUUUGAUAAUGAACAAUUCGCACAAUCCAGGCGAUAAGGGGCUUACCAUGCUUAGUCCAUCAAUUUGUUCACAUAUUUUACCUUGACAGGUAAAACACAUUUUACCUUUAAAGUGAAAGAAAAGUUUUAAUAAUUUCUAAAUUCAGGUUGUAAUUCAAUAUUUCAGGAUUUUUUUAUAACAAUUCUAGAGCUACGUUUGUUGCUUCCUCUAUUGGUAUCGUAGUAUACAUGGAGACUUUGUCGAAACUGUACAUUUUGUGGUGAUUGUUUAGGUUUUUAAGAUUUUUUUUUUAAUUCUAGAACAUUUUUGAUUUUGUAAUUGUUGUUGUUGUUGUGUAAUGGCUUGAUGAGAAAAUCUAAAAAUCGUGCAAGCUCAUGAUUACAACUGGCAUAAGUUGAAAGUAUAGGGUGGAUGUCAAUUGGGGUUUUAUGAAUUAUUGGAGCACCAAACAAACAAGGGGGACUUGCAUUGGUUACCCUUUAAGAUGUUGUACAUGUCUUCGGUUAUAUCAUUGUUCUUUUUUAACUUUAAAAAUAGGCUAUUCAGUUAUUUUCCAUAACAUUCAUUAAGGUUUGUAGUUAGUUCUUUAAAUUUGGUUGAAUCAUGUAGAUGUUGUUCCAUUAAGUUGUUGUAAUUUUCUGUUUCCAUAAUUACAGUUUUUCCACCUUUAUCGGCCUUUACAAUAAUAAUUUGUGGGUUAUUUCUUAAUUCUUUAUCGGCUGACAUUUGGCGUUUCGUGAUGUUUUGUUUGAUUUUAUGGUUUUUCAGUAAAUACCCUUGAAUUAUACAUGACAUUUCUUGAGUGAAAUCAUAUAGGUUUUGGUUGUCUUUGGGUAUUUUAUGGAACCACAUUCUGUUAUUUUUUUGCCUUGAAAUAUCUUCGUGCUCUCAUCAUCCAUUUUCAUUUCUUGAUGAUCGAUAUCUGUUUCAUUAACUUCAGUGGAUAUGUGACUUUUAGUUGUUGUUUUAGUUCUUUGUUUAUCUCUGAUUGAUUGUUGCACUAAUGAUAUGAACCUGUUGAAAUGUUGUACAUCUUUAAUAAAGUGACUUUCACUACCCGUUCAAGCUGUCUCCAAACUAUACUUUCUAAAAGGUAGGUUCCUCAUCAUCAAAGGAUAUUUAAUAUCUACAAAACUAAAGACUCUAAAGUUGGCUCGUAAAAAUAUUUCAGUUCUCACAAUUUUGCUCAUUCUUCAUGAAAUAUUACGCAACAUGUGUGGGUAGUGCAAAAGAUCUAAGUCAUAUCAGAUUGUUAAAAAUUUAAGAAAAAUUUCAUUUUAUUUAAAACUCUUACUGACUAAAAGUGUUUGUUUGUAUCGUAAUACUGCGAUACCAUCAAAUGAAACAGAGGACAAUCCAGGCAGUUGUUAUGUAUCUGCAGAGAAACAUACUGUUUUUGUGUUUUCUUCUUCUUCCAAGCCCCCCAGAGGUAUGUCUGCGGACAUACAACGCUAGAAUCCGGGUUUCGAUACCCGUGGUGGG